CUGGCGCCACCAUGAACGUAUUCAAACACUUCGGUCGUUGUAGUAUCAGUUCAUUGGUGGGACUGUCUGGAAGCUCUGGAUAGCUCCCGGAUUACAUUCGAAAUGAGGAUCUUAUUAUUCAGUUUAGUCACACUAGUACUGUCCAGUACUGGCCAAGAACUUCCCGAUAAGGAAUGGUGGGAAACGGCCGUAUUCUACCAAAUCUACCCGCGGUCUUUCUACGACACUAACGGAGACGGAGUUGGGGACAUCAAAGGGGUAACGGCGAAGCUGCCGUAUCUCAAAGAAACGGGAAUCGACGCCACAUGGUUGAGUCCGGUAUUCAAAUCUCCGCAACGGGACUUUGGUUACGAUGUGAGUGACUUCCUCGAGGUUGAUGAACUGUUCGGCACCAACGAAGAUCUGGAGGAGCUGUUCGCCGAGGCGAAAAAGCUGGGGAUAAAAAUUGUGCUAGAUUUUGUGCCGAAUCAUUCCAGCAUUGAGCACUGGUGGUUCAACCAGUCGGAACUUGGCGUUGAGCCGUACAAGGACUACUACGUGUGGCAUCCGGGCAAACCGGUGGAAGGACAGGAAAGGCCCGAUGUUCCAAAUAAUUGGAACUCCGUAUUUUACGGAUCGGCCUGGGAGUGGAGUGAUAUUCGGAAGGAAUACUACCUUCACCAGUUCGAAGUCGGACAGCCGGAUUUGAACUACCGCAAUGAGAGAGUGAUUGCUGAAUUUGAUGAAAUUCUUCGCUUUUGGAUGGGAAAGGGGGCGUCUGGAUUCCGCGUCGAUGCCAUCAAUCACAUGUUUGAAGACGACCUCUUCCGAAACGAGCCGGUUGUUGAUCCAUCCGAUCCGCUCAGCUACGGAUACACAAAUCACAUGUAUACUAACAGUUUGCUAGAAACCUACGAUGUCAUUGGACACUGGAGACGGGUCAUUGACGAGUUUGCCGAGCAAAACGACCGCGAAACUAUAAUCAUGAUGACCGAGGCCUACACCAGUAUGGACAUGAUCAUGCGGUUCUACGAAUCGGAUGACGGAACCGAACAGCGGGCUCACUUCCCGUUCAACUUUGCCAUGAUUACGGAACUGAAUGCCGAAUCGAAAGCAUGGGACUUCAAGUACGUCAUCGAUCGUUUCCUGGAAAAUAUGCCCCGCGGGAAGGUCACUAACUGGGUGCUCGGAAAUCACGAUCAACCCCGUGUCGGUAGCCGCUACGGUUCACAACGUAUCGACGGCAUGUUGCUUAUGCUACUGACGCUACCUGGCGUAGCUGUAACCUACAACGGCGAAGAGAUCGGUAUGCUAGACUACCGGGACAUCUCGUACGAAGACAGCCGCGAUCCACAGGGUUGCAACGUGGGACCCGAAGAGUACAAAUGGAAAUCCAGGGACCCUCAACGAACGCCCUUCCAGUGGGAUGAUUCCUUCAAUGCGGGGUUUUCAACGGCGAACAAGACUUGGCUACCGAUCAACCCGUACUUCAGGCAGAUCAACUUGCUGAAACAGCAAGAAGCGGACUACAGUACGUAUCAGUUCUACGUGGAUGCUGUAGCUCUGCGUAAGAAUCGCGUCUUCACCCACGGUCACUUCAAAUCACGAGCGUUGGCAGAGAAUGUGUUUGCAUUUGUUCGCUAUCUAAAACCCCAGGAUGAUCCGAGUGGAAUGUACGACAAAUAUUUCAUUACUGUAGUUAAUCUGGACGAUCAGGUUACAACCGUUGACCUGAGCUAUCUGUAUGAUGUAACGAACAACACUGUCAUUCGAUUGUCAGGAACAGACUCUCGAUACAAUGUUGGACAAAGUGUCAUACCGUUAAGCUUGACGUUGGGUCCAUACGAAUCGCUGAUUGUUGCUGAAUCAGCGGCCGUGUCUCUUCGUGCAGCUGUGGUUCUCGUAGUGCUGGCGAUAAUGAGUUAUCUGGUUAGAUGAUUAUUGAACUCAAUAAAAUGAUACAAUUGUACGAAUGAUUCCUAUGCUGGCGAUGAGAGUGCUAAUA